CGUUCAAAGAAUUAAAAACUGCCUUAACAAGGGGGAUGAAUUAAGAGUCUUGAGGGCUUUCAUUUAGCCUAAUGAGUAGCACCUGGUGCUGAUUUGAUUCACCUGGUCUCGUUUUACCGGAAGCAGCUGCAUAAAGACAGAGCCUAGCGGUGUCUACUCUCAGACCUCGGGUUGUCUUCUGCUCUUGAAUUCUCAGCCAUGCCUCCUAAAAAGCUCACAGCAGACUCCGCUGAGCCGCCCAUGCCGUCCCCCAGCGAUGCCCCGGUGGAAGUGAAAAAAUCAGGUGCUGCGUCACUGCGGAAACUUGCAACUCAUCCCACCACAACAAUAAUGGUGAAAGAAGCACUGAAAGUGUUGGACUCACGCAAAGGGCUAUCCUCCCAAGCCAUUCAGAGUUAUAUCAAACAAACAUACCCCUCUGUGGAUUUGGUGCGGUUGAAGAACUUGGUCCGUACGGCCCUGAAGAAAGGACUUGAGACCGGCACGCUGGUGCGGCCUGCCAACUCCAAAGUCACCACGGGGGCAACUGGAAAAUUUAGGCUUGCACCAAAAGUGAAGGAGGUAAAGCCCAAAACUGAGAAUGUGGAUCCCAAUGUGGAAAAAGUACCCAAAGCAACCAAGGAUGGAGCCAAGAAGCCCACGAAAGCAGGUGUCACCAAAAGGAAGGAUGCUGCCACUGAAGAGGACGAGUCAAAGGAGGAGCCCAACCCUCCAAAAAGGUCUAAGAAAGUAAAGGAAGCUGCAACCGCAGAGCCAACUACCUCAAAGGUUGCUCCAGCAAAGAAGCCAAAGGCAAGAAAAACUGCUACCAAGGAGGCUACCAAGGAGGCUACCAAGGAGGCUACCAAGGAGGCUACCAAGGAGACAAAGGCAGGAAAGGCAUCUAAGAGCAAGGCUGCUAAAGCAAGUGUUGACGCCCCUGCUGCUAAAGCAACUGGGAAACGAGGGAGGAAGACUGCUGAAUAA